AUGUCCAUGUAUUGGAAAGCUGAUAAUGGCGAGAUUAACUGUGCUACUUGGGCACUCAAUGCUGACGCCGACUUUGACACCGACGCUGACAUCGACACCAACUGGGGCGAUGAGAGGUACCAAGACGACCCUGCUGCUGACUCAGGAAAUGAGAAGAGAGAUGAUGAUAUGGACGAGACUGUCGUAAAUCGAGAAAAAGCAGUCCGUGCAGUAAGAUGGAUGGAGUCCAAAUACCCUGACCAACUUGCUCUGAUCAGGGAGCAGGUUUCGACCGGAUGGAUACAGGGUGGUAGCGAACUGUCAUCAGGACAAGUGCUGACGAAGGAGGUUACAAGAGAAGAGCAGCAGGAGUGCAGGGAAUUGGUUAGACGAGAUGUUGAUGAAGUAAAUAGAAGAGCGUGGCAGAUGCAGCAGGCUCAGCAGUACGCAUCAUAUCAUCAUCAGUAUCCAAACCAUUAUCAAGCCCAGUACCACCCGGAUCAAUAUCAGCUUGAGACCGGACAUCAUCCAUACCAGUCCACGCUUCCCAGUUCGUCCUCGGGAUACUAUCUCCCUCUUCCAGCUCCAAACACUACCCUCUACCUCACAGCUCCUGAUGAUCAUGAUGGACAUGAUGGACACGCCGAAGAUGCAGAUGCUUCAGGCGUGGCAGGCCUACUUAUUGCUCCUUUGUCUGCUGAUGAAGCGCCCAGGAGUAAGAGCAGCACCAGCACCAGCAGAAGCAAAGAUGCCUCGAAACACGGAAAGACUGAGAAGAAGAGGGAGAGAGAUAAGGAGAAUAAAGGAAAAGGGGGAGGGAAGGAUAAGGGUCAGAGACGGUAA